CGGUCAUUGCGGUCAGAGGUGUUUUGAAUUUUUUGUCGUCAAUUUGUAUCGUCGGGUCUAUAUAUAAAUGGAAACAAGUAAAUUAGAUGAAAUCCGUCAAUAUUAAUAAUAACAAAAACAACAACAAUAGCUUAAGGGUUGUUGACAACAACAACAACAACCAUUAGAAAAAGUCAUAAAUGCUAUUCACCCUUUCCCGUGUCUUUGGUCUCAUGUGUGUUUGUGUAUUUUAGCUAACGUUACUAGCUUCUAAAGUGUGUGCGAAGCUAAAAGCAAUGAAUUUCAUGAAAAUACAAAAGAAGAAAAAGAAAGCGAAAUGAAAUAAAAAAAUGAUGAUGAAGUAGAAGAGUGAAUGGCAGAAAACGAAAGCUUGCAAUUUUACAGAGAGCAAAAGAAAAUAAUACAAAUAGAAAAAAAAGGAAACAAAAUAGAAUCCAUUAUGUCAUUUAAGCUCUGAUUGUGUGUUACACUUGUUGUUUUUGAGAUCUAUUUUUCUUUUUUUUUUGGAAAACAUUUUCUAAAUAAAAACCCGUAGAAAAAAGAGAAAAAGAAAAAAAUUAAUCAUAUUACCGAAAUUAAGGCCAAAUCUAAGGAUUCAAUUCUUCUACAUCUUCCCCCUUUUUUCUGCUGGUGCUGUUGCUGCCACUUUCUAUCUUGUCUUGUUCUUGUCUUGCGGUGCUCUGCGUAUUGUCGUUUCCGACGAAAGUGUCCUUUAUUUUGCUCCUUCUUCGUUUUGAAUAUUUUUUUUUUAUUUCUUCCUUCGGUUUCGUUACGGUUACCUUGGUUUUUUUAUAUUUUCUGUAUAGAAUAUUGGUGGAAUGUUGGUUUAAAAAGGAGAUCCUUGUCCGGGCCAAAAGUUUCGUCGAUAUAAAUUAUACUCGAGUUGAGUCGAGAGUUGAAUUCCCCCUCUCUCUUGUUUGGGUUUUCACACAGAGUUUUCGCCGUGUUUUUGUCUGUCGCCCGUUGUCGUCGUUGGCAUUGCCACACCGCGUCGAGUGUUCGAAACCUAUAUUUGUGGGUCAAGCCAACCGUGUUGAGAGGGUUUUUUUUAUUCCACGCACUAACACGUCCUUAAAACGAAAAAAAAAAGGAAUGAAGGAUAUCUCUUGGAAGUGUAUAAAUUUAUUCUCUUGUUUUUGUUCAAUUUAAAUUUAUAUUGCGUCAUGUCUGUUAUGUUUUCGUCAAGUAAAUCAACCAAACGUGUUCUAUGUAAAAAUCCUCAAAAUCAAUAUCCUUGUCGACAACAAAGUAAAAAAAAUAUUUGUUAUCCUUUGUGUGGUGGUAAAAAUAAUAAUAAUGAUGGGCCUAUCAAUUAUUCUCAAUUGAAAAGGAAAUUUAUUAUCAAAAAUAGUUCAAAGUGCCGUGGUAGUAGAAGUAGAAAUACCUGGAGAUUGCCUUCGUCCUGUCGUCUACUAGUACACAAUAAUUCUUGGAUAACAUUUCUUUGGAUAUGGAUAGCUGUUACUAUAGCGCUUGUGCAAUGCAUUUCUCCAUCAAUAUCCCCGCCACAAAAGAGAGGAUCUUCUGAUACAUCCAAAGACCAUUGCAACAAAACUGUAGACAUAUUCGAGGACGUUACUUCGCCGGAUGUCACCAAUCAGAAUAUCGGACGUCCUUUAACAUGUUGGUACCGUUUUCGUAGUCUACGUGGUUCGCCGAGAGAUUUUGUCCUUCGGCUACGUUUUAAAAAAUUCAAAGUUGGCACUCUCAUCAAUGCCACCCACUGUGAUGGAGGAUUUUUACAGAUUGUUGAUGGUAAUGCCAAAACGGACGUAUCGAAUCGACGAGAACCGGGAAUGUUUUGCGGUGAAGCCGAACAACCACAAACGUUCAUUAGUGAAACGAGCUAUGUCAAAGUCCUCUUCCAUACCGAUAACUUUACGGAUCAGACCUACUUUGCCUUCGAUUCCAGAGCUGAACAACAAAUGGAAGUCUACCUGCGCUAUGGCCAACAUCCAGAGCUUUAUCCCAAUCGAAGGGGUGAAAUUGUUCAAGGAUCAUACUGUGAGCGAGAGUUUCGAGAUUGCCGCCUGCAGACCUGCUACGUGCAGUCACCAGCAUAUCCAGGACUAUAUCCUCGGGCACUAAAUUGUCGCUAUAAACUUCACACCAGACAACCGUACAUCAAACUUUAUCUUCAAAAUGAGCAAUUUUCGGUCGAUGGACAACGGUGCGAAAACGUAAUGACGUGUCCUAUAAGGCCAAUUGGGUCUGGCAACGAACACUGCCCUUACGAUUGGUUGGCCGUUUACGAUGGACGUGACGAACAUUCGCCACUUAUUGGAAAAUUUUGCGGUCUCGGAAAGUUUCCAUUUAGUAUAAUCGGUACAUCCCAAUACAUGUAUGUUGAAUUUGUGUCAUCUCCCGCUGGACCACUACUGAAUACGGGAUUCCAUUUUAAUGUUGGAAAUUGGCCAGGACACGUGGAGACGGCUGGCAUUAAACAUGGUAUAUGUGAUUGGCUAUUAAGUUCGGAUGCUUUAAAGGACAGCAGUGCAUCGGAGGGAAUAUUCCUUAGUAUAGCGCAUUGGUAUCCACCAAAUACAUCUUGUAGUUAUCACAUUAAAGGACGAACUGGAGAAAUUGUCAGGCUGUAUUUCCCAAGCUUCCGAAUUAAUCGCAUCGAAUCACCCAUCCUCAAAUACGAUGGCGAUUGCGGUGAAUCCCUCACCAUAUACGACUCCUCCAAACCAGAUCCAGCCAGAAUAAUAAAGACCUUCUGUGAUACAUUUUCGAGACCAAUGGAAAAGGUGGAUUUCGUUAGCACCAGCCCAUCACUAUUCGUCCAAUUCGAAAGCAAAACUGGCUCCUACAGUGGCAGUUCAUUAUAUUACUGGGCCCACUAUGACUUCUUCAACAACACCCGCUUCGGUGAUCCCGUUCCAAAUACCCUCUGCGACGAAGUGAUGUACGCAUGGAAACAUCCGGGCGGAAAAAUCCGCUCACCCAUGAACUCUUUGAUAUUCAAACGGACCGGAGGCAGUGACGUGCGCUGCCAGUAUAAAUUCGUCACCGACAAGCGACUUUAUGCACGUGCGGUCAUCGAGGUCACAUCGGUCUCAUUCAAGGAACUACCAUACAAUGUGAACGCCUGCACCCGCUGCCACGAGGAACGUGUAGACAAAUUGGUCAUCUGGGAUGACAGGGAUAAGUUCCAAAAUAAUCUCGCCUGCUUUUGCGAUAACAUACCACGUGCGGUACGUGUCAUCUCAUCCAGUGACAAUAUGAAUCUCGAAAUGAUUGUCCAAGGCCAGCAUGCGAUAACCAGCUACUUUAAGAAUCCAAAUCCACUAUUCGAGGCAAAUUAUGAGUUCGCUCACGGUCCGCUUUGUGGUCCAAUUACAUUCGGCCCCUCGCCAGAUGGCGAAUUGGUCUUUCCCUAUCGCAAAGCGCUCGGUUUAAUUACACACAACAGUCCGGACCAUCAAUACCGACGUGAAAAGUGUAUUUGGGAAUUGAAGGUUGCCGCCCAGCGUGACCUGUGGUUGCAUUUGGAAAAGGCUCGUUUUGGCGACCACACAUGCGAGAGUGCAAAAAUUGAAGUGUAUCUGGCUGGGCGACUGGAGCCACGAUUCAUCGUUUGCCCGGAAAAUAUAUCACUAGCUAGAGACCUACCUAUUUUGUCGGCAGCUGAUUUGGGCGCUUUAGGCACGGAUCAAGAACCAUUGCCAGUUCUAAUUCAGUACACUGGCGAUGGUCAACCUGGCAAAAAUGCAUUCCGAUUAGUUUGGACAGAACUAUUUCAUUUACCGCGAAAUCCUGAUGGCAGUUUGGCAUCGUCCUUGCUGCAGGAUGGCGAUUGUGACUUUAAAUGUCCGGGCGAUACGCUAAUUUGCAUACCAAAGCAUUUGGUUUGCAAUGGUGCAAUGAAUUGUCCGAAUGUCACUCACCUUUCGACCAUUGAACAACUAACGCAGCAUAUUGACGAGAAUUUGCAAAAGUUGGGCAUCAUCAAUGAUAAGUUGCGAUUGGACCGUCACGUUGUGCUGCAUGAUGAAUCACCAGAAAUUUGCCUGCGGGGAAGUGAAAUCGCCGAAUUGCCGUAUGGGAAACUCAUACUAAUUACAAUAGGCCUUAGUCUUGUAUUGUCAUUAUUUUUGGCAAUUGUUUGCCGCAUGUGUAGAAGUAGGAGGUAUUAAGUGGUAGUAGAAACAUUUUUAAAUUCUACAAAUACACUGAAAAAAAAAAAAUGGAAGAAAAACAAAAACACUGACCCAAAUUGUUCGUUGUCAAGCACACUGUAUUAGUUAUUAAGUGACAUUAUACACAGACACACACACAUAUACAAACAUGAAUACAAAAAAAAUAUAUUAUAUAUAUACAACACAUCUAUAAGGAUACAAAUAUUAUAAUAAAAAUUAGGAAGCUGGAGGAGAAUUACCUAAGUAAUAAGAAUUAGGCAUUAAAGUGGUUAUUAUAAUAAAGUGGCAGUUGUGCUGCCGUGUGUGUGUUUUAAUUUUUUAGUUGUAAAAUCGUUGAUUGUAUUGAAAUUUUCAAAUUUAUUUUUUGCACAUAGUCGUAGAUUUAGAAUACAAAAAAAAAAUAAAAAUUGAAAAAAAUUUGGUAAAAAAUGGGAAGAUAAAAAAAAAGUCAGGGGAGGAUUAUAUUAUUAAAUGAAUUUGGAAAUAAAAUGUAAGAUACAAAAAAUCGUAGUUAUGUAAGAGUUAAAUUGAAAGUAUAAGGAAAACAAAAUUAUUAAAGAGACACAAAAUUAAAAAAAAAGACAAGAAUAAACACUGAAAGUGAUAAAUGAAAAAAAAAAA